AUGUUCUGCACCUCGUUACGGAGGCGCAAAGAAUGGGCGCCUGUCGUUCCCCGUCUGCUUCAGAACAGGAAUCCCAAGUUCAGAGAGGGCAAGCUUGACACUCAUGAUGUCAAUCUGCCACUUCCCAGCCCAGGCGCGCCAGGAACACGAUAUCUGCGCUUCGUUCUUCUUUCCUCAGCCGAUCAGGACUCGACUGCCCGUCGCCAGCGCAUCGAGCGACUUGAGAAUCAGUCCGGUGGAAGCGACGCUGCCGUCGUCUGGUUGAUGGGAGAAGGCGGCGACCAGUCCUCUUACUUGCAAUUUCAAAUUGAGUUGGUUGAUAGCUUCGAGAUUCCUCUCCUGCCACUGCGAAGUGUGGAGGAUCUGCCAGACGCCCUCCAUAGAUUCCAUCGUGCAUUCCUUCAAGCCAACGCCUCUCGCCCAGAUUCAGCCCUGAGUGCCGUGCAGAAGCUCCUCCCCUACAGCGGUCUCUCGCCUCCCCUGCGUGAGCAUACAACCAACUUGCUUACUGAUUUGACGAUGGGCUUUGCACACCUAGCCAACAAGGCGGUGGCUGAGAAUGGGCAGUUGGAGCUUGCCGAAUACCUUGGCAAAGAGGAAGCACGACGAGUAAUCUUGUUCUGGACGCAGGAGUAUCUGCUGUGA